AUGCGCGCCCUUAGUCUCGCCAUUGUUAACGGCGCUAUUGGCCUAGCCAAUGCUGCCUGUCCUUACAUGACCGGCGAGCUCAACGCCCGCGAUACCUCCAGCAAUGAUGCCGCUGCUGCCACUGAGGAGUUCUUGUCGCAGUUCUACCUCAACGACAACAACACCUAUAUGACGACUGAUGUCGGCGGACCUAUUGAAGAUCAGAACAGUCUGAGUGUUGGCGAGCGCGGUCCGACCCUGCUGGAGGACUUUAUCUUCCGUCAGAAGAUCCAGCGGUUUGAUCAUGAGCGGGUCCCUGAACGUGCUGUCCAUGCUCGUGGUGCUGGUACCCAUGGUACCUUCACCUCGUACGCCGACUGGGGCAACAUCACCGCCGCCUCGUUCCUGGGCGCCGAGGGCAAGCAAACCCCCAUGUUCGUGCGUUUCUCGACUGUCGCUGGUAGCCGGGGUAGUACAGAUCUUGCCCGUGAUGUCCAUGGUUUUGCGACUCGUUUCUACACUGACGAGGGCAACUUCGGUGCAUCCCUCUUCCAUUUCCUUCUAUAUCAAUGCUGA